AUGUUUCGUCUUGAAGCACUGUACAAGUUGUUUCAUUUUGUGUAUUUGUCUUCGGAUGACAUGGAUAUAUUUACUAAAACAGCUUCAUUUACUCGAGCAUUAGCCAUUUCAGUUAGGUGUCAAAGUUUUGCAAGUUCUACAGUUAACAAGCAAAACAAGCAUAAAAUUGUCAUUGUCGGCGGUGGUGCAGGCGGUUGUGCAAUGGCUAGUCGUAUGUGCAAUCAUGUGGAUGAAAAUCAAGUCGCUGUUAUUGAACCAUCUAAAAUUCAUUACUACCAACCACUAUUCACACUUGUUGGCGCUGGAAUUAAACCCUUCAAAGAAACAUAUCGUGAAACGGAAGAUAUUUUACCAAGAAAGGUAAAGUUAUAUCAAGACAAAAUAACACGUAUUGAACCAAAAGACUCUUAUGUUGUACUUUCGAAUGGAGAUAAAAUAUCAUAUGAUUAUCUCAUUUUGGCUCUUGGCAUGGAUUUACGUUAUGAUAAAAUUACAGGAGCUGAAGAAGCCUUGAAAUCUGAUCCUCGUGUCUGUUCAAAUUAUUCCCCUAAUUAUGUUGAAAAAACACUGAAAGCUUAUCAUGAUUUCAAAGGUGGUAAUGCUGUCUUUACACUGCCAGCUGGACCAAUUAAAUGCGCUGGUGCUCCACAAAAAGUUAUGUACCUGUUUGAAGAUUAUCUAAAAAGAUCUGGAAAGAAUAUCACAGCUGCUAUUCAUUACUUCACAGCUACAAAUAAAAUGUUUUCAGUGGAUAAAUAUUCCAAAAAUUUAACAGAAAUCUGUAAACAACGCGGGAUACAUUAUAAUUUAACGCAUAAUUUAGUCGAAGUGAAUCCACAAACAAGUGAAGCUGUGUUCGAAAAUAUGGAAACAAAGAAGCUUGUAAAAAUUAAAUAUGACCUUUUGCAUAUCACACCUCCAAUGAGUUGUCCUGAUGUUCUAGUGAAAACACCAAAUAUGACUGAUCCUAAUGCUGCUAAUUAUGUCAGUGUUGAUAUUAAAACAUUGAGACAUAAACAUUAUGAUAAUAUAUUUGCACUUGGUGAUUGUGCUGCUUUGCCAACAUCUAAAACAGCUGCAGCUGUCGCUGGUCAAGUUGGUGUUUUGGAGAAGAAUCUUUGCGACGUUAUGAAAGGUGGUAAAGGCAAUGUUGCUAAGUAUGAUGGAUAUACUGCAUGCCCCUUAGUGACUGGAUAUAAUCGAGGUAUUAUCGCUGAAUUCGAUUAUUCCAUGCAACCGCUGGAAACACUUCCUAUUGAUCAAGGUAAAGAGCGUUAUAUAUUCUACUUUAUGAAGACAUUUGUCCUACCGCCUAUCUACUGGGAUUGGUUUAUAAAUGGAUAUUGGUCUGGUCCAAAGCCUUUCCGUAAUCUUCUUCAUUUGAAACGACCUUCGUAUACACCAGCAGAGAAGUAA